AUUGCAGUAUUAAAAGAGGUGUGGCUGGGGUGCAAAUAUGGCUGUUCUCAUAAAGAAUGGUUUUGUUAUUGAUCCAGCUAAUGAUAUGCAAAUGCAAUUAGAUGUUCUCUUGGAAAAUGGAUUAGUAACAACUGUACAAUCUAGUAUUGAGCCUCCCUUGGAGUGCAGUGUUUUUGAUGCCUCAGGCUGUAUUGUCUGUCCAGGCCUGAUUGAUAUGCAUGUUCAUUGUUUCCCUGGUGGGUCUUCUCUUGGGAUAGAUCCUGACAAGUAUUGCCUUCCUAGAGGAGUCACUACCGUAGUCGAUGCUGGGAGUGCAGGUGCAAAGAGCUUUUCUAAGUUUCUCGCUUAUUGCAAGACAAGGAAAACUCGUAUCUUUAGUUUACUUCAUGUCUCAAGGGUUGGGCUAGAAACGGCAGGCUGUGCUACAGCAGAUUUACCUGGUGAGCUGGAGUCAAUAGAUGACGUGAAUGAAGACGAAUGUUUGGAAUGUGCGAAAGCAAACCCUGAUACCAUAGUUGGUAUGAAGAUUCGUCUCUCUGAGAAUAUUGCUAAGCAAGGACAUAAUGAAGCUGAGGCACUAAGACGAGCUCUCUUGAUUACUGAAAAAAUUAAACUUCCUCUUAUGGUUCAUUAUUCGUUCUCAACCUUACCUCAUAAAGGUGUAGGAGAGGAAUUGGGUGUCCCUGGAAGUUUGAGGAAUGGCGAUAUCCUAACACACAUGUAUCAUGGUUUUCAGUCAACUAUCAUCGAUCCAUCGACCAAAUCUAUUGAUCCUGUUGUCCUUGAAUCAAAAGAAAAUGGUGUCAAGUUUGAUAUAGGCCAUGGAAUGGGUUCAUUCAGUUGGACAGUAGCUGAGCUAGCCAUCAAGACAGGGAAUCUAUGGCCUGACACAAUCAGUACUGACCUCCAUACUGAGUCAAUGGAUGGUCCUGCAUAUGACCUUACAACUGUAAUGACAAAACUGCUACAUUUAGGCAUGCCACUUUUUGAUGUCAUUAAAGCUGUUACAUUCACCCCAGCUAAAUUGAUCAACAGAGAGAAGAUGAUUGGUUCACUUACGCCAGGAGCUAUUGCUGAUGUUACAGUUAUGAAGCUUGUUGACUGUGAUCUAAUGCUUGAAGAUUGUCAGAUGCACAUGCGUAAUAUUAAGCAGCGUCUGAUUCCAGUGGCUGCUUGGAGAGCUGGAGAAAGAGUAAAGAUUUUUGAGCCUUGGGGAACGUGGCCAAAUGUUAGUGAGAGCUAUCAAUGCCAUCAAAGCAGAGAAAGAACUCUUCUUCACAUUAGACCCGAUUAAUAGUAAAAUGCUGUGAUUAUUAAAAAUAAUUUUUUAAAAGGUUUCUAUUAAAAUAACUUGUAGUAUGAUGAUAACUGAAUGAUAACAGAACCACCCUUUCACAUCAUCACAUGAUAUUUGAUAUCUGGGCAUCAUAAGAAAAUGGCUCAUAAGGACGUGGUAACAAUUCCAGCAUAUGUAAUCCAACCAGCAACUAGACCUCACAUUGUGUGGAUAGAAAUAAAAGAUGGUACAUCAGAGACAAGACGAGAAGACAUAUACUGGAAGGGUGUACUCGAUAGCAUAAGUGGUGACGUAGCUAAUGAGGUGACUAGAGAGGGACACCGUAUUCAGACUUGAAAAUUGUACUCUCUGGAUCAUCAAUGGUAGAAAGUUUAGGAUCACACGUACGUACCCCAAACCAAGAUCUUAAAUGCACCAAUGCCAAUACUCUCUCUAUUUAUACAACAUUGUCAGCAGAACCAGGAGAGGGAGAAAUAUGUAAUUAUGGAGAAUAUCAAUCACUUGCUGAAAAGAUAAUACAUCAAGUAAUAGAAAGUACCUAUAAACAUUUGAGUGGAGAGUAAGUUAUUAUGUUAAAGUUAAUUUUUUAGUAUUGGAUUAAUUUUGUAGGACCUAUGUUAAAAUUAAAUAUGACGCUAUAAUACUAAAAAAGGCAAACAAUCAAAAGAAAUCUGCACCUGAAGGAGUAAUUGUAGUUACUUAAACUGUAGUGGAUUCUUCAUUUUUUUCUAUGUAGCUAUUGUUACAUCUACUUACAUUUUAUUCUUCUAUUCAUUAAUUUUUGCCCUUCAGCAUAUUUCAAAAAUCAUA